CGUAGUGCGCAGGCUCCGUUGCAUCCCGGAAGGUUUGAACCGUGUAGCCGAGUUAAAGGUGCGAGGUGUCAGCGCUGCGGCUCGGUUUCAGUCCAGGUUCACCUGCACAGGUGCUUCCAGCCGAGGUGUUGCUGCGUCCGCUCCGCUGAGCUGAUGUCCGGCUUCGACCUGGUUCCGGUGGACGGCGGGGGUCCGGUCCACCUGCCGCCCGGAGAGACGCUGCUAGGCCGGGGCCCGUUCCUGGGAAUCAGUGAUAAGAGAGUUUCCCGACACCAUGGGCUGCUGGAGAACCUGAACGGAGAGCUGCGACUCAAACCUACGCACCUGAACCCCUGCUUUGUUCAGUCGUCCCCCACCGAUGACCCUCGACCUCUGGAGAAAGGUUCCUGGCACAUCCUUCAUCACGGAGACUUCUUCUCUCUGCUGCCAGAUCGGUUUAUGUACCAGGUGGUGUCUGUGGGCGGAGACGAGCAGAAUCCCAGGAACAGCCAGAUGUUUGAAGAAGAAGAGGAGGCACUUCCUGUUCCUCCUCAGCCAGCUGUGGUUCCAGCUCCAGCAGCCCGACUAAACCAGGAGGAGACAGCAGAGAAAGAGGAGGAGGAGGAGGCUGAGAGGCGUUUGAAACAGGGAGACUUGGUGGGAUCAGUGAAGGAGGAUCAGCGAGACGCCGCUACAUCUGUGGCCAGGAAAAGACUUUUACCUGCAUGGAUGCUGGCAGCUGUACCUGCUUCAAAGGGUCCGCCCUCCACGCCAAAAGUUCAGAGUAGCAGACCUACAGCGCCGUCACCUGCCAUUAAACGAGCAGCCGUCACCCAGGCCACACCCACAGCAACCUCCUCACCUGAGGAGGGGCUCAGUGAGGAGGAGGAGAAGAGGCCGAGGAAGAAGAGGAGAAAAAUGGGUGAUGAUGAAGAAAAACCUCAGGACGUCCCCCCAGGCGAUCCUGACCCCCGGCAUCCGAGUAAACCGAGCAGGUCUGAGGGCCGCAGCCAUUCCGACAGCUUCCCCAUGGAGGUGGAGGCCGAGGAAAAAGGAAACGCCUCAGCGUGGAUGUCAGAAAGCAGAGAGCCCGAGAAGUCUGAAAACAACCAAACGUCUAAACGAGCCGAGUCCAUCGGGUCGAACGGAAGCUCGACGUCUGGCCCCGCCCCGUCCAAAGCCAGAGUCAGAACGCCGUGUCCGUACGGGAAGGACUGCUACAGGAAGAACCCGCUUCACUUCCAGGAGUGCAGUCACCCCGGGGACAGCGACUACGAGGAGGAGGAGGAGGAGGCAGACAAACCCGAGUGUCCCUAUGGCACAGACUGCUACAGGAAAAAUCCUCUUCACAGGAAGGAAUACAAACACACAAAGAAACCAGCUCGCACUACUCGUCAGGUCGCCAAAAAGGCUCCUGAUGACGAGGAGGACGAGGAUGAGUACGAGGACAGCUUCAUUAAUGACGACAGCGAGGACGUGGGCGAUGACUCAGACUACGUCCCUCCUGACUCAGACGACAGCGGCAAGGAGGACAUCAAAGGGCUGCAGAAGGAGGCUAAGGCCUUCCUGAAGAAGAGGAAGUAGGUGAGAACAAGGACGCAGAGCACUGCGACCGUGAUGUUUGAUGAUGUCAUCCUCAAACAAACCAAAAAAUAAAGUUAGCUGAGGUUCAAUACAGUGGCUCACGUUCAGUAACGACAUCAGGCUGUCCACAAAUUAAGGUUUUCACAUUAAAAGUCCUGCUGCUCUUUAUAGGUGGGCUUUAAAUGUACAGCAAAGAAGAAAGCAGUAUGAAAGUCUGCUGUUUCUUCUUUACUCUUUGAAACCUUGACUGUGUUAUUUUUCACAUUAAAGGUCCCACAGCCUUUGGUUGGGAGGCUUUUAAUGUGAAAAACAUUAAAAACACAGAAGAAACGCUGUUGUAUUUCCUGUUGUUUCUACUUGACUGUGCUGUGAUAAGCAAGGGCCCCGCGUUUUUCAGGUUAAAAGUCUCGCAGUCUCCCUGUUAUGGCCAGGCUUUUAAAGUGGAAAAAAGUCUUCAUUAAUAAGGAGUAAGAUGAUGAGUGAUAAGGCACAUCCAUGUAAUUUUUCAAAUUAAAGGUCUUGCACGCUUUUAAUAUGAAAAGUUUUAAUGUGGAAAAACUUGGCUUUGCAUCAGUCAGUACAAAACAGAAACAAGUGGAGGGACCUAAAUGAUCUUUGCAUACUCUCUCAUGUGCUUCGUUUUAUUUUUUUUUUCCAAAUUAAAAGUCUUAUAGGUAGACAUUUAUGUGAAAAAUAUCUGGAUGUCUUCAUAGUCAGGAUCAGUAUAGAAGAAAUAAUUCUAAGAUCAAUAAUUGUGCUGUCGCAUUUCCUUUUGCCGUCCUCGUGGUCAAUGGUAAGCUCCAGCUAUGUUUUUGUCAGAUUAAAAGUCUCAUUUUUAUUCUUUUAAAUAUUCAUUUAGCUAUAGCAGCCUAGUUUUUGCUUUAAUGUGAAAAGGAGAGGAAUAUGACAGUAGAAUAAUAAAACAUUAAGAGUCAGAAACUUCUGCUUCUGUGGUUCUGAUCAAUGUCAGUCUGUGCUUUUUCAAAAUAAAAGUAAUUUUUGUUUAGGCUUUUAAUUUGAAAAGUGGUCACAAUGGAGAACCUUUUAUCACACCAUGUUUCUUCUAAUGAAAAAUUUUCAUUCUUUUCAAAAUAAAAGUUCCAUUAAAAGGAGUGCUGCAGGACUUUUAAUGCACAAGGGAUUUCUGCCGUUGUAUUUCCUGUUCUAAUUUGUCCUACAUUAUCUUACUUUAUUAUUUCUACUUUAUUGCCACUUGCCCAUGUAUUUUCAGAUUAAAAGGCUUGUAGGCCUCUCUUUUAUAUUUGUUAAAUAUAGGUUUACUUUUGCUUUUAUUGUGAAAACAGGAGGGAUAUUAGAAAAAUAGUAAAACAUUAAUAGAGUCACAGAGUUGUUUCUGCGGGCCUGAUCAAUGUCAACGUCUGCACUUUUUCAAAAAAAAAAAAAAAAAUCUAAGGAGUCCUGCAGGACUUUUAAUGUGAAAGGGAUUUAUUUUUGGUUGUUGGGAUGCAGUCGAAGGUGUGAUGGGGCGGGUUUUUGUGGUGGACUGGUGCAUUUAUGAAGCCCAUAAAUAUCCAAAUGUCAGUAACACUAAAAAUAAAAGCUGGGUGUGAGUGCGGCCGUGGAUCAGGUCCUCAGCUGGUCGGAGCCUCUGCGUCACCUCCACCAAAGGAGGCCGAGCAGAGACCUGCUGACUCUGAGCUCUGAGGGUUUAUUUUUAUUUUUUUUAGCCUCCUGCUGCCAAAAUUCAAGCUUUUUGUGCCUUUAAAUAAAAUCUGUGCUGUUUACGGGUGAUUCUGGAUUUCUGAACCACUAAAUGUCUGAAACUGGAAAUUAUCUGUUUGUGUGCGUCAGGAAUAUAAAGCCUUUAGUUAUUUUUUUAUUAGAUGAUUUUAAACUUGUUAGA